GGACGUUUACGCACAAAGUCAACAGUUUGGGAAGAGAAGGAGGAAGAGGACAGACGCAGGUUAUUAUGAUUGGAGCCGCUCGGAGGUGAUUGAACGUGUUUGCCGCACAGAAAAGCUGGACUCGUCACCGGCGUUCGCUGAGGCACGACGUGAACCAAAAUUUCAACAGGAAGUUUUCUGAAUGCUGCAUCCACCGACGCUGACUAAAUACCCCGAGGGUCCAAAGUAAAAGGUGCGAUGCCCCAAAGUGCCGACACGCUGGACCUGGACCUGAACUUCCUGACCGACGGCGAGCAUGAGCAGAUCAUGGAAGUUCUGCGGCGCGAUGAAAUGCUGAGGCAUACUGAGGAGCUGCGUGUGCGGAAGCUGAAGACAGAUUUGCUGGAAGUGAAGAGGCAAGGGGCAAAGCGUGGCAAUCGGAAAUACAGUCAGAAUACCUGUGGUCGAUGCCAGGAGCCCCUAAGUCGAAUCAGCCUUUUCUCUGGCCAGUGCAAACUGUGCAAUCACUCAGUGUGCCAAAGAUGCAGAGUCGCCCGGACCAAUGGAUCGUGGCUGUGCACUGUGUGCUCCAAAGAAAUAGAUCUGAAGAAAAUGGCGGGCGAGUGGUUCUGUGAUCAAAGGUUCAACCGUUAUUCCACAAAGCCUGGACAUAAGCUGGUGAGAAGCUCCCUCUACAAGAGGCCUCAGUUGAACAGGCACAAGACGGUGGGGGACGUGCUGCUGAGGGGUACAGCGGGAAACCUGAACGCUCCCGUGCCUCAUCCCCGGCAGAAUAAUCCAAUUAAAGGUCAAUCAAGCGACUCGGGAUCCAUCUGCUCGAGGGACUCAUUUGACUCAAAAGGUCAUCCGCAGCGCAGUGACUCUGGGUCUGCAGAAAACUCCAGCCUGUCUAGCAUUCCAAUCGAUUCGGAGCCUGUCCGCCUGUCACCCGCUCUAGCAAGGCGAAUGGAAGGUACAGUUCCAUCCAGUCUGACCGUCCCACUCAAAGCGGGCAGUGACGGCCGCUACAACUCGAUCUCUGACAUCAGCUCUAUCCCUGAAGUGAGAAUAGAAACUCCGAGCCCGGAGUUAGACGUUGAGCGAAUGUUCAAAAAGAGUGUCAGACGAACCCCAAAGCCUGCCGAGCACGCCUCGCUGCUGGACCUCCGUGAUGACAAAUCGGAGAACUCUCUGGAGAACAGGAGACACUCUGUGCCAGGUCUUGUUAUUCAGGAGGAUGAAGAGGAAGACAUUGACAGUUUGGUAAAAAUUCAUAAAACAAAGCUGGCUUCCAGCUCCUCCACUCUGCAUAGCUCAAAGAGCGCGCUGGGCAGUAUGAUGAGUAUUUACAGUGAAGCAGGAGAUUACGACAGUGUGGACGUAAGCGGCGACAUUGUCUUCUCGCUGAAGUAUGAUGAGCACACCCAGAGCCUUCACGUCUUCAUCAAGCAGUGCCAAGGCCUGGCUGACGGUGACACAAUGCGCCACAUUUCCAACCCUUACGUUAAAUGUUACCUUCUCCCAGACAAAUCUCGCCAGAGCAAAAGGAAGACUAACACCAAGAGGCACACAGUCAACCCAGUCUACAAUGAAACUCUGAAGUACUCCAUCAGCCGCUCUCAGCUCUUCACCCGAUCCCUCUUGCUAUCAGUCUGGCAUCAUAGUCACAUCAGCCGCAAUGCUUUUUUGGGAGAGGUGGAGAUCCCUCUGGACAGCAGAGACCUCGACUCCGACCAGGAGGAACGUCUGCCUCUGGCAAAGGCGUCUUCUGCCCCGGCUACAGCGUUUGCUCAGUACAAAGGGGAGCUGGUGAUCUCACUGAAGUACAUCACACCUAAAACACCAACAGCUGACAAAAUCAAAGGCAAGAAGACGCCAACCCAAGAAGGCGGGGAACUACAUGUCCUCAUUAAAGAGGCUAAGAAUCUAAUGCCAAUGAAAGUGGGAGGGACAACGGAUUCCUUUGUCAAAGGGUAUUUGUUACCAGGGAAGGCCAAGGCCACAAAGAGGAAGACUCCCGUGUUGAAGAAGAAUCUGAACCCUCACUACGACCACACGUUUGUCUACAAGAGCCUGACCCUGGACGAGCUGGACAAGAUGUGUUUGGAGUUAACUGUCUGGGACCGAGAAGUCAUGCUGAGCAAUGAAUUCCUGGGAGGGGUUCGCCUCAGCUCUGGCAAAGGCACUGUAAAUGUAGGAAAAGAGGAAGUGCAGUUGGACUCUGUAGGAGAAGAGGUCAGUCUGUGGCAGAAGAUGAUGCAGUACCCUGACUCGUGGGCAGAGGGCAGCCUUCCACUGCGUUCCUCUAUGGGCAGGGUAACGAAGGAGGAGUGAACGCCCUGCGGGGAAAAAAAAAACUGACAUCGAAAUGACAAGAAGCUCU